AUGACCUAUAUAAUGGAACAAAAAAUUAAUUCUUUCUUAUUUUAUAAAAUUUCUGUGUUUAUGAUUUUAAGUUGGAUUUAUCAUAUUUAUUGUGAUACAAGAACUGUUAACAAAUUUUUGGAUGAGAAUUGGACACCAUGUAGAAGGUUAGAUACAAGAAAUUAUCGUUUACUAGCUAAAUAUAAACAGAAUAAGGAUUCAAAUAAUUUAGGUUUGAAAGGGGAUAAACCAUUUAGUGGAGAAGAGAACAAAGAAACAAACAAACUAUAUAAUAGAAGUCCAUUAAAUAAGGCACAAUACUAUACAGAAGUUAUAGACUAUGAUAAUGCAAUGUUUGACGGUAAACACUUCCAUUUUGAAAGAAAAUUGAUUAAAAAAAAAGACUAUGAUGAUUUACUUGAAAAAAAAAGGAGAACUUGUGAUAUAGCUUUAAAAAAAAUAAAAUUCAGAAAAUAUAGAUAUGGAGCUUUUAUGUUUUUCCUUUUUUUCUUGUUCGCAAUUGGACUGCCAAUAUUGCAACAAUUUAAAUACUUGAAAAUUGCAGGGGAUUGGAUUAAAUCUAAUUUAUCCUUAGAUCCAUUAUGGACUGCAGUAGAAAGUGUCCUAAGUGGAGCUAAAAAUCAUUUUUUUCUAAUAUCAUUUUUAAUAUUAAUGUUUAUAUUGUCCGUCUUACUUCUAAUAGCGUUAUAUAAGAUCUUAAUAAAUAAUGAAAAAUAUAAUAAAAUUAAGUUAAUGUCCGAAUUUAAUGAAUAA